AUGAAGUGGGCCGCUCUCUCCCUCGCCCUCGCCGGGUCCACCGAGGCGUUCCUCCGCUUCGGCUGCGGAACCCUCAGCGUCCAGCGCCUCGACCCCAUCGUCGAGCCCGGCGUGCUCCCCUCCGCCCAUCUUCACCAGAUCGUCGGCGGCAACGGCUUCAACGCCUCCAUGGAUCCCCUCGACGAUCCCGCCGAGAGGGCCACCUGCACCACCUGCAGCUUCUCCGAGGACUUUUCCAACUACUGGACCGCCGUCCUGUACUUCAAGGCCCGCAACGGCACCUACAAGCGCGUGCCCCAGUACCCCAACGCUCUUUUGGGCGAUGUCGAGGGUGGCAUGACCGUCUACUACCUCCAAAACGACUUCAGCUCCAACGGCAACCAAAAGAUCACCGCCUUCCCCAAGGGCUUCCGCAUGACCGUCGGCAACCCCGGUAGCACCGACGGCACCAACCCCGGUCUCCGCUACACGUGCCUCCAGAACGUCAUGACCCGCUUCCCGGAGACGGCCGAGUUCCCCACCGCCGCCUGCCCCGCCGGCAUCAUGGCCAUCCACCACUUCCCCGCCUGCUGGGACGGCAAGAACCUGGACAGCCCCAACCACCAGGACCACAUGUACAACACCGUCAAGGGUGCCUUCACGCCCGCUGGUGCCUGCCCGGCCUCCCACCCCGUCCGCACUCCCCAGGUCGCCUACGAGACCAUGUGGGAUACCCGCCCCUUCAACAACAAGGAGGACUGGCCCGAGGAUGGCAGCCAGCCCUUCGUCUGGAGCUACGAGGACUCCAAGGGCUUCGGAACACACGGUGACUACCUCUUCGGCUGGAAGGGAGAUUCUCUCCAGCGCGCCAUGGACUCCACCCCUCUUCUUAGCAACGGUAUCACCACCCAGACCGUCGCUCAGCAGAAUGCUUGCAAGAUUCAGGCUUCCGUUGAGGAGGAUAUUGAUGGCUGGCUCACCGCCAUGCCCGGCCGCGCCAUGAGCCACUAA